AUAUUGGUUCCGAAUGCUCUUUGUUGUCCUCAUCUUCAGCCACUGACCUGCAAUUGUUGUCCUUGCCUUCCAUAUUCAUACCGCAGGCCUUAAUACCUCCAUAUCUGGUCCCAAAGGAGAGACAAAGGAAGAAAGAAAGCCACUCUUUCACUGCGAUCGCACAGCCCUGACAUAGGGUAUAUAAGAACGUCCCUUGUCAAGUGGUUCUAGUGUGGACCUACAGCCAUGUCUACCUUUGAAUCUCUCGUGGAGGACCUCACUCGGGACGUGCGCCGCGUACAACCAAAAGAUACCCUCCAGUUCUGUGCCAACUGGUUCCAGUCGCGUUUGGAAGAGCAACGAGUGCGUAUGCGCGACGUACUCUAUCAUCCCCAAGACCUAUCCGUUGGAGGUGUGCCAAGUGACCACAUCCUCGAUAUCCCUCUAAGUCCUACAGCUAGCCUCGAAACUGACCCAAAUGCCGUACUCGCACCACCCUUUCUGAGACAACAUUACAAUACGUUUCUCAGUCGUCCAUUCGGUACUCUGAAUGUAGCUGGAAACGCGUUGCUACCAAAUGAUAGUAUGUCUACCCCGGUUUCUAUGAGUCCUCCAACAUUCAGACUCGACGGUGCAAAUAUGCCACCAUCCUCGCCAACCGAUGCGCCCAAUCCCUUUGCUUCUUUCGCGAAUGGAUCAAUAUCCCCCAGUCCUGGAGAUUAUCUCCACCCUCCUUCCUCCACUAUAUUCGCAAGGCGCACUUCUGUGAGCGCAGAAUCUAUACCCAUGGACAGUGAUGUCGAUGAACUGCUCCCAGUAUUCCCCAAGACGCUCGAGCAAUUGCGUCGAAUUCGAGCCUCAAUUUCAAAGAAUUUCAUUUUCCGCGACCUAGAUGAAGAGCAGGAGCUGGGUGCAUUAAACGCUAUGCAGGAGGUUGAAGUCAGACCAAACGAGGUCGUCAUUCGCCAAGGCGACGUUGGAGAGUACUUCUACAUUGUGGAGAAGGGACUACUUCAUUGUUACAUCCGGUCCGAUCCCCUGCCUCCUGCCUUCGGUGGCCCACCGUCUUCUAGCUCGGAGAAAUUUCUGGCUCCUGGAUAUCACCCAGAGUUCGGUAAGAAGGUGGCCGAGUGCAAAGAAGGAAGCUCUUUCGGAGAGCUUGCUCUUAUGUAUGGUCACCCUCGUGCUGCUACAGUCCUCGCGAUUGAGCCAUGCACGUUAUGGUCUCUCGACCGUAUCACUUUCCGCACCAUCAUCUUGAAGGCCGCACACAGAAGGCGUACAAUGUACGAACAAUUCCUCUCUUCGGUUCCUCUCUUGACUUCCCUCGGUCCCGAGGAGCGAAGCAAGAUCGCAGACGCGCUCGUGAGCAAAGCGUAUGGCGAUGGAGAGGCGGUUGUCAAGCAGGGCGAAAUGGGAGAUACGUUCUUCUUCAUCGAGGAUGGGGAGGCGAUUGUCACGAAGUCAUACACCGAUGAAAACGGACAACUACGGGAGUUCAAAGUUGGCCACCUUCGUAAGGGUGAUUACUUCGGAGAACUGUCGCUGCUUCGACUUGAGCCUCGAGCAGCCACCGUUAGUGCCAUCAACCGCACAGACCCUGCGCAAUCAAAGCUGAAGGUUGCCGCUCUUGAUGCUCAUGCCUUCACUCGGCUUCUUGGACCUCUACGCGAAAUCAUGGAGCGAAAUGCUGACCAGGCAUAUGAAUGAAACUCGUAUCACUAAUUUCUCUGUAGCUUUGCUUGCUUUCUUCUCCUGGUUCCCUUGCUUGCUGUAUCCUCAUUUGGCGUCUGGUAGAUGUGUGUAUUCUAAAAUCUGCAACUGACUUUGGACUUCUUCGCACGAUGUUUUUUGUAUGUUCGGGAAAAUACCAUUCAUUUCAUCUUUCUACAGGCGUCCAAGCUAUUCGUUCCGCUCCCGUCUCGAUGCCAACGAUCCCUCAACCUUCAACAUGGAUGAUGAUGAGUUCCGCCAUCAAAACAGUUCA